AUGGCUACUGUUACGGAGAGCGCCCCGAAGGGCGGCUUUGCGCUUGUCAUGCAGAAUCCCUAUCUCUGUGGUGUAGCAGCGUUCUCGAGUCUGGGUGGUCUGUUGUUUGGAUAUGAUCAAGGUGUCAUUAGCGGUGUUGUCACUAUGGAGUCCUUCGCGGCUCGAUACCCUCGUGUCUUCACGGAAAGCGGGUUCAAGGGUUGGUUUGUGUCGACGCUGUUGUUGGCAGCCUGGUUUGGUUCUUUGAUCAAUGGUCCUAUUGCCGAUAGAAUUGGUCGAAAGCUGUCGAUUAAUUUGGCUGUUAUUGUUUUUACUAUUGGUUCUAUCAUCCAAUGUGCGGCUAUGAACGUGUCCAUGCUUUUUGCCGGUCGUGCUAUUGCUGGUUUGGCCGUUGGUCAAUUGACAAUGGUUGUGCCUCUGUACAUCUCUGAGGUUUCUAUUCCGGAAAUUCGUGGAGGAUUGGUCGUUCUACAGCAAUUAUCUGUCACUUUGGGAAUUCUCUUCAGUUACUGGAUUGACUAUGGAACGAACUACAUUGGUGGCACUCGUUGUGCUCCUGAUACACCAUACACCGGAGGCACGCUUCUGAAGCCUGCCUUCGAUCCGUACAACGAUGUUCCUGCUGGAGGCUGCACCGGCCAAUCUGAGGUUUCAUGGCGUCUUCCUCUCGCCCUGCAAAUCCUGCCAGCCGUUAUCCUGGGUAUUGGAAUGCUGUUCUUCCCUGACUCGCCGCGUUGGUUGAUGAUGAAGGAGCGUGAUGACGAAUCACUCAAUGCGCUUUCAAGACUCCGCCGACAAUCCCGUGAUAGCCCUGUUCUGCUCAACGAGUACCUUGAAAUCAAGGCCUCUAUCAUGUUGGAAAACUCCUUUGCGAAGGACAAUUUCCCUAACCUAUCUGGAUGGAGAUUGCACUAUGCUCAGUACAUGUCCCUUCUUACAUCAUGGCCUCGCUUCAAGCGGCUGGCUAUUGGCUGCAUCGUGAUGUUCUUCCAGCAGUUCAUGGGUUGUAACGCCAUGAUCUACUACGCACCUACAAUCUUCGCCCAACUAGGCCUGGAUGGCAACACGACCUCCCUCCUUGCUACUGGUGUUUACGGUAUCGUCAACACCCUCAGCACACUUCCAGCUCUCUUCUUCAUCGACAAAGUCGGUCGCCGACCUCUGCUUAUGGCUGGAGCCACAGGCACUUGCAUUUCACUAGUGAUUGUGGGCGGCAUUUUGGGCGGCUUUGGAUCCGGCCUCGUCGACAACAAAUCCGCUGGGUGGGCCGGUAUUGCUUUCAUCUACAUUUAUGAUGUCAACUUCUCCUAUUCAUUUGCCCCCAUUGGUUGGGUUCUUCCUUCGGAGAUUUUCAAUCUGUCGAUUAGAUCCAAGGCCAUCUCUAUUACGACUUCUGCAACAUGGAUGUGUAACUUCAUCAUCGGCCUGGUCACUCCUGACAUGCUCGAGUCCAUCACCUGGGGCACAUACAUCUUCUUCGCUGCAUUCUGUCUUCUUGCUCUGGCAUUCACCUUCUUCUGUAUUCCCGAAACGCGUGGAAAGACACUCGAAGAUAUGGAUCUCAUCUUCGGCGAUACAGCCGCUCACGAAGAGAAGAAGCGCAUCAAGCACAUCGAAGCCGAGUUGCGCGGAACACCUAUCGACGAGGACGAUAUCAUGAAGCCCGUCGAUUCACACGCUGAAGAAGCGUAA